GCCCACCUGGAGUGACGCACCGGGAAAAGUGUGAUCAACACCUGGGAAUACAGUAAGAUACACAGGGGACCAGGAACACACGCUGAGACGCUCCAUUGGUGGGACCUGGAACAAUACCGAGAAUAUACCAGUUGCCGAGGAGCCCUGAGCCGCUCUGCCUGGUCCCCGCUCCCCCAGGUUGGUGAUGGCGAUGAGGCAAACUCCACUGACAUGCAGCGGCCACACCAGGCCCGUGGUCGACUUGGCUUUUAGCGGAAUCACACCUUACGGUUACUUCCUAAUCAGCGCCUGUAAAGAUGGCAAGCCCAUGAUGCGCCAAGGUGACACAGGAGACUGGAUUGGGACGUUUCUGGGUCACAAAGGUGCUGUCUGGGGAGCCACGUUAAAUAAAGAGGCCAACAGGGCAGCAACCGCAGCAGCAGAUUUUUCAGCCAAGGUUUGGGAUGCUGUGACAGGUGAUGAAAUGAUCACAUUAGCCCACAAGCACAUUGUCAAAACUGUAGACUUCACUCAGGAUAGCAACAACUUAUUGACUGGCGGGCAAGACAAAGUUUUGCGUAUUUAUGAUUUGAACAAACCUGAAUCAGAGCCUCUCGAGAUCAGUGGUCAUAGUUCUGGUAUUAAGAAAGCGCUGUGGUGUAAUGGAGACAGGCAGAUAAUUUCAGCAGCUGAUGACAAGACUGUAAGGCUCUGGGACAGGUCUAGUAUGAUUGAAGUGCAAACGAUUCAUGUUGGAUCAUCUGUAAGCAGUGUUGAGUAUAUACCUGAUGGAGAGAUUCUGGUUUUAACUUAUGGAAAAACUAUUGCUUUUUAUAAUGCACUGAGUCUUGAAUUGAUCAAAUCUUUUGACGCACCAGCAUCAAUCAACUCUGCUUCUCUUCACCCUGAGAAAGACGUUUUUGUUGCAGGAGGUGAUGAUUUCAAACUGUACAAGUUUGAUUACAAUACAGGCGAGGAUUUAGAGUCAUACAAAGGUCACUUUGGUCCAGUCCACUGUGUAAGAUUUAGCCCUGAUGGAGAAUUAUAUGCGAGUGGUUCUGAAGAUGGAACUCUUCGUCUCUGGCAGACAACAGUUGGCAAAACAUAUGGGUUGUGGAAAUGCGUGCUUCCUGAGGAGCUUGCUUCUGAAAACUCUGAUUCAAUCUAUGGCACACCUCCGGAGGUAAAAGCCUGAGAUGUCAACUUGAGCAAAACAAAUGAGCAACAAUAUGUGAUGAACUGAAUAAAAAGGAAGCCUCCAGUUUUAUAUGGUUAUGGAAAAUGCAGACCUGAUAAAUGAAACCAUAUCAUUCAUUUAAAAACUUUCUAAUUGUUUAUAAGUCAAGCACCUGGUGUCUGCAAGGAAAGAAAGAAGUAGACUUACGUAUGUUCAUUGCAGCUGCCUCCCAUUUUGCAGUGGUUUAAUUGGACCUGACUUGUAAAAUCUGUAUAUAUUGUAUCUUGACAGAAGUUUCUCAUUGAGGAAGUGUGGUCAAGUUACAGUUAUAAUAUAAUAGAUUCAAGUCUGUUUCCCUUAAAAUAUAUCCUUUUUUUUCUUUUCCACUCCUAAGUUCAGUGUUGCUUCUAUGGUUUAACAAUAAAACUUUAUUCAAUACGUGUUGUCAUUCUUUUCAUUUUAAAUGGUUUUCAAUAUGUCACAAUUUCUUGGUGAUUUUUGUGGAAAUGGCCCCUUGAGCAGUAUUAAGCCGUCCCCUCCCCACACAUGUGUAAACAUAAACAAGCAGAAAAUGUUUUACGUUGUAUUUAUUACUCUUCAAAAUUUUGCAUGCUUACAGCCUUUUUUUGCUGCUUUGUAACUCAGUGCGUGUUUGUUCAGAAUUACAUUGAUCUGGAUAAGUGCUUAUUGAAAUAGAUAUAUUAAUUAUUUUUGCCAUCAGUGGAAGAAAUAGGCUGUGGUUGCAGCAAUUAUGUUAGGACUCUUAUCUGCUCAGGAGCUAUGUUAUAUUUUAUGUAUUAAACUGAACGUUGGCAAUGUGGAAUGAUUCACUUUUGCAGUCAACUGUUUUUGAUUAUAUACAGCAUGUUUAAUGCUGUAGCCCAAUCGUGGGCUCACUGGAAACCUUUUUAAGUUACUGCCUGAUCCUGAUAUGCCUAUUUCUUUUCCCAAUUACAGCAUUGGGUUGUUAUGGUCUUUUGAAAAAUGUCUUGUGACACUUGUCUCCUGAUUUAAAAAAAAUAAAAAAUGGGUCGGGCUAUGA